AUGGACCCUUAUGAUGGCUUCCGAUAUCAUCAACGAGAAUGUGAUGACGAUAGACCAUACAUGAACAAUGGAAUGUAAUGUUUCGAACACUAGCUCUAAUAGUUCCUAGGCCUCGUGCUCGAAGCCCUUUUCUAAGGACAAUGGAUACGGUUACCUCCACAAUUAUUUUGCGCGGAAUGUCCACAUCUAUCAGCGAGCGCGAUGUAAUUUAACACGUCAUACACUACUUUUUUCUAUAAUAGCUAAGAUAUGCACUUGAGGACGAGAGAGCACGUUACACCGACAUACGUCUAGUAAAGGACAGGAAGACUGGCGUUUCCAAGGGAAUGGCCUUUGUCGAUUUCUGCUCUCCGGAUGAUGCUCGGAGGUUCAUGAGGGAUUGCCACGUAAAUCCUUGAAAUUCUCCCAACAACUUCAUAUUCAGGGCGAAUUAGAAAUCCGUGGAUACAGCGUGAAGAUGAACUUUAGUGCACCCAGAGAUGAUCGAGAGGAGGAUAGAUUUCAGCAACAACCCCCAUUUCCAUCUAAUUCGAAAUUUGGCGGACGUUCGGAGCCUCCAUCGUCGACCAUUAUGAUGAGGGGAUUGCCCUCAUCUCUUGACGAACGUGACGUAUGUUGGCGUUUUAUGAUAUUAACGGGUUUAGGUGAUCGACGUUCUUGAGAGGGACGGUGUACGUUACGUGGACGUGCGCGUCAUUCGUGAUAAAAAUACAGGUGAGUUUGGCGCAUGCUUGAGUUUCGAUUCCUAUAUUUCCUUUAUGGAUAUUGACCCUUAAAACUGCUGGAACUACUUUAGUCGGCCUUCAUCGACUUGCUGGUUUCUUGUCGAGUUUUCGGACUAAAAUGACAUUUCUUCACUUGCAGGCAUUAUACCACGGACAUGGGAAGUACGGCUCCUUUGUAUUGAUGUAUACACUUAUGGGUCUUUUUUCCCCACUGUUAAGCAUACCUAUAGUUCUGGUAUCAGAGCAUCUGGGUACGUUUACGGCUUGGGCUCAGAUCCCAUCGGGGUUCCAUUUUCAGGCUAGUGUGUACCAGUAGUCGCACCAAAAACAAUGAGCCCUCUGAAUUGAGGCCGCGAGCACUUGUAUUGACAGGCUGUAGACCACUAAACGCUUUGAGGCAGACUAUAGUUCCAACUUUUCCUUCAGACUAGACGGGCUCGUUGCUUUUGCGCUUUUACUAUAAUCACUGUGAAACGUCCUAACAACGGCGCAAUUAGCGCCUUUCUCUGGUCACUAGCAGCCAACCUCACGAGGUUAGUUAAGCUGAGUCAUACGACUUGAAUGCCCCGUUCUUCCUUAUUUGAAGGCCCUUCAUUUCAAGCAAGACUGUUGCCCACCUGCCUGCCCCCCAUGAUGCCAGUCACAGGUGUACCGCCAUGCUCUGCGUUUAGAGCUGAAAUGAAAGAUAGUUUCACCUUCUUAGAUUGAAAAACUGUUUUCUGAUUUUGUCCGCUUACCCGUCUUGUUUUUACGCACCAUUUCUGGGUAGAGGACGCUACCCUACCUGCGCUCAUUUUAUUCAUUACAUAACUUUGCUAGAAGCAAGGAAGUUAGAGUCGUCAGAUGUUUUUGGUCGCCUGUCAGUCUGUACUCUUUACCAACUAACCUUGACGUCUGAAUGGACGUACAUGGGAGAUAGGGGACUGACCAUCUAGAGACUCUCGGCCUUACCGGCCGUCCGACUGAAGUAGUUGCUGCAUACAAGUCAUCCAGAAACUGAGUCCGGUCUAAAAUCAGACCAAAAUCGAUCUCGUGCCAGCGGUCCUGUUGUCCAUAUGUGAAUUGAUUUACUUUCUCCCAGUACCUGGACAUAUCUUUAUCUGCUGCACCCCAGUCGUCAAGCUCCUAAACGGUCCUGAGGCAUAUGCGGCGAAUAACUGUUAUUGCGAUGGAUGCUUAAGUCCUACCAGUCGAUUGAAGUCCACGUCGAUACUGCUCUGCUGUACGCACAUGCCGUUUUGCCGGCAAUUAAAAUCGAAACUCCGAAGGGUACUGCUUCAAUUCUGUCAAAUCAAGCCAGUACGGCUAAUGUACUGAUUACCUCGGCGAAGAGCAAGCGCCCUGGAUGAUGUUACUUCCAGAAGUCCGCCGGUCACGUCUGCAUGCUGACUGUCCAGGCCACACUGAGCGUGCGAUCCUACGCGUUGACCUUCCAGACAUGUCUACUCCCGGUUCGACCGCACCUGGUGAAUCAUAUACGUGUAAAUUUUGUUACGCGCAACCCAUGUAUUCCAGUAAACGCGCACGGACUUACCGCCAGCGGAGUGUCACUUAAAUCCGCAUCACUGAAAGCAGGUUUUCAGGAAGGCGCCAACUGAUAUCCCUUCAGCCAAUUUGCUUAUGAGGAUCGAAGGACGUUCACUCUCAGAUCACGGAUCUGCGCUGCCACGGCGGAUGGGCUUUUCUAUCAUUUCUCCUUAUAUUGAAAUACCGGAGCUCAUAUAAUCCUGUCGGCUCUUCUUUUCAAUAGGUUUAUCCAGAGGCUUCGGUUUUAUCGAAUUCGCUUCCGUCGAGGAAGCAAGGCAGUGGAUGGAGAUCCAAAAAGUAAACCGUCGUUCCGGCCUGAAAUCAGGUUUCCCUAGAUGUGAAUUCCUUUCAUGCACAUUUAUGGAGUAAUGCCUUUGGCUAUGGUUCCGGUCGGAAAAGUUGCAGUCGUUCUCUGCUUAUCCAGGCGGUUUUCAUUUUAGGAGGUCUUGCGUGUUCGUCGGAAUGACCUACGUCUGAUGUUCAGUUCUCCAAGAUACCCGCCCGAAAUGGGUAGGAAUUUAGAGGCUCCCUCCACCGGAAGGCCUGUAAUACCUGCACUCUCAAGCAGAUUUGGCCCACCGAACGAUGUGAGCACUGGCGACUGGAUUUGCUCCAGGGUGGGUAUCAACUUCUGCAUCAUGUACUGGUCUUUUCGCGCUCUGGUUUCGAGCGGCCCUCCUAGUCCACCAGUCCUCCAGCCUGUCUAUUCCUUUGCCUCGUGAUUAUGUGCAUCCAGAUGUUUGAUAUGUGCUAACGGGCUCGCACCCCAAUUGAUUGGUAUCACUUUAGUGCUCAAGUCACAACUUCAGACGUCGCGAUCAGUGCUAUCGGUGUCAGUUGCCACGAUCGCAGAGCCAGACUGUGGCUAAUUCAUCUGACGGGUCAGACCUCAUUGGAGCCACACCCUGCAACAGUAAGUAGUGUGACCCUGUCCAUGGGGUAUUGUUUUACAUUUGCGUUUUGUGUUGGCUAGUAGGGCCUUGAUGUUUGCUUGUGUCACAACGCUGUUAUUCUUUAUAGUUAGUCUAACAAAUUGUAGUUCUCGUUUACUGCUUGUGAUUUGUCCUCGCUGUUAUCCAUUGGCAAAAGUCAUUGGUCGAUGCACUCAUGACGCUCUCGGAGCAUCGACUUCAGAGUGUAUGCCAACCGUAAGCGUUAGUCGCUCAAAAUCAUAGUUAUGUUGCGGCUCAGUGUCUCAUUUGCGAUGCAGGUGGCUGCGGAGUGAUGCAGACUAAGACUGCCAAUGGCCUUGUGAGUGGUCAAUACUUGAAGUAUUUUCAAAGGGGAUGCGUAGCACAAAGCCUUUUUUACAGUUCGCUGUCGCGACUGCUUGUUAAACGGUUGCCUGUUUUGUUAGAAAGCUGUUGCGCGUUUCAAUUUAGGUCUGUUUCGAUCGUCUGUACUUGUCAGUAUUUGUGAUCGUAUCUGUCCCAAACCGUUCAGGAAUUCUGGGCGUUUAUACAUUUCAGCACUCAUUUUGCGCUGCCUGGAUGCACUAACAACCGAAGACAGCAUUCGUCAAGCGUUCCAAGACAUAGCUGACGUCAAGGUUCGUCAGUGUCACGUGAUGCGGGAUGACGUUACCCACGUUUCUCGGUGUUUUGCAUUUGCCGAACUCCCUAACGUCGCCGACGCCUACAAAGUAGUUGACACGAUAGUUAGGGAACACCAGCUAUUUGAAAUCGAAGGAAAGGCCGUUGCGGUUAGUUACGCGAAAAAUACCUUCAAGUAAGUCUGUCAAGUACAUAUUCAGUAUCACAGGGUUGUUUUUUGCAUCCUUGUAACGACUGCACUUUUCUGUUUCCAGUACGAUAAUGGCAACAUUGAAGGCAGAGGGGUCGUACAAUGCUAAGUUAAACGCCAGUCGCUCACUGUCCAGUGAAUUGAGCAGUGCAGCUACGAAUGCCAUAGAUUCUCACACUGUGGCAAAGAACGCUGUCGCCGCCGGCCAGUAUACCAACUCAAUGGAUGGGAUUGCCGUUGCACAGGCAGCCAUUCAGCAAAAGCAAACGGAGGCACAGAUUGCAUCCGCUAUUGCAAAGUCGAUCCACCAACCCGGAGACAUUACCCAAACGGCCGCUACCGUUGCCGCCUUUCCUUUGCCCACCACGCCUUUCAAUGCCGCAACUGCAGCCACCACUGUCUAUCGUAAGUUUGCCAUAUGUAAAGCUAUUUAGUCGUUGGUUUGACUACGUUACUUACCAUGCUGCUUUAUCUAGCAUUUCCGGACACAUCCAAAUUCCUGUACGACGAGACCAUACGUUUCUACUACGACCCCGUGACAGGGCUUCUUUACGAGCCGAAUACUCGGUACUUCUUUGAUCGGGCCUCACAAGAAUAUUUCUACUACGAAGCGUCUCGAAGCACUUAUAUUCCAGCCACGCAAGUAGCUGCGAUGGUGAAUGCUGCUGCACUCCCGCAAAUGCCGGAUGCUUCGGCUGGGGCGCCCAAGACUACUGAAGAGGGUGAACCGGUUAAAAAGAAGGAGAAAGAACGGAAGGAAAAGGCGGCGAAAAAGGUGGCCAAAGAAAUGGAGAAGUGGGCAAAACGGAUGAAUUCCCAAAAGGAGGCACUCGCAACGGUCGGCCGCAACGAAGCAACAACUGUAAGUCUUUCCAGUCAUAAUUUGCCAAGGGAUUCAAACCCAAGUAUCGCGGUUUAAUAGGGGGUCGCACUUUUCGCUGCAACCGACCUUGCUUUUCAUUUAGAACGAAACCAGCAAGACCGCCGAUACCGGAUAUGCGAUUUUACAGGCCACAUCGUCCACUCUACUGAAUCAGCCAAGCACUAGUGCGUCCGGUCUGGUUGCCCACUACGGUGGUGAGGAUAGUGAUGAAUCGAACCAUGCAGAGGCGGAAAAUCCACAAACGCAUGACACUAAGGAAUUGGAGGCCCAAGCGGCUGCCGAGGAGUCAAAGUAAGUGUGGGCGUCCCGCAUAUUAGCGCAAAACUGCUUGGCUCUCGUCGGUAAAACAAUGAUAACACCAUUAUGUACUUUUUACUACGCAAGGUUAAUGGACUGGUCCAAAUUGGCUUGUCUACUCUGCUCCCGCGGUUUCAAAGACGUUGAAACAAUGCAAAAACACCGGAGCUUUUCCAACCUUCAUAUUCAGAAUUUCAACAAGCUUCGUGCCAAGUACGGCCUGAAACCAACUUCGACUGCCGCUCCGCAGUCUGCCAAUAGUGUCCCACAGGCAGAUCAACCGUCGCAAUCUUUAACAAUCGAGUCCCUCAUGCAGAUGGGCGCUGCCGUCGCGAGUAACCACGCCAAAACGGUCGCAAGUCGUCAGGGCACCGGAAACACUUCCCCUACCUCCGGUGGCGGCAGAUAUCGAGACAGGGCGAAAGAACGGCGUGAAAAGUUCGGCAUAAUGCCACCAGCCGCUGCUGAUGUGCGAAGUAUAUCGCCACCCGGCCCACCAGUCAUUGUGGAACCCGUGCCCGUUGCGCCGCAGCCUGCCGAUGGUAAGCUCCUUUGAACCUUCGAAUCAUUCCUGAAGUCAAGAGCGUCAAAGGCUCUUGCCUCCCGGAUUUAUGUUCACAAGUAUUGCAGCAGUCAACGAUCCUGAGUAGUGUUAGUGUAAACUGGAGCAACUACACAAACUUCUUUACUGCCUCUGCCACUGGCUUCGCGUACUUUUUUUAAUUUGCCAGAGUGAGUAUGCCUACACACGCUUUCUAGGAAGUAGUGCUUGCUUUGACGGCGGUUCCUGCGCUUCGUCGACCCUUUGGCAAACUUAACAUGCCUCUCCUUUUCAGCUCCAAAUGUAGGCAGUCUUCUGAUGCAGAAAAUGGGUUGGCAGGCUGGACAGGGACUUGGUAAAGCCAAUCAAGGCAGGACGCAGCUGGUUGAAGCAGAAUUCCGCGAAGCUGGUGUCGGUCUAGGAAUCAAGACCUCUAAAAGGCAGCCGCCCGCUGACAACUACAAAGACAACGUCAAAAGGGCAAUGUUCGCGAGAUACCACGAACUUGAAUGA